UGGUGGCACAAAGCAGAAAGCUAUGGAGGUUCACUCUUCUUAUUAAGUGAACUGAAAACACCCAUUUAACAUAUUUUGGGAUUUUAACAACGUAAACAUAAAGAUCAAUGAUUUUUAUCAAUUUUAUUGUAACCAGUAUUUUUUUUUUAUUUAUUUAGAGGUAAUGCUGGCGACUGUAGACUAGCUUUCUCGGGUUAAAACACUUAAAAAAACAUUAAGAUGCGUUUUAAUUUGUUUUUUUAAGUGAUCACAGAACCACUUUUCCCGAUUUCCAAACAGAAUUGAAGGAACACUCUACAGCGAACAAGUCAGAAGGAAACGUCUCCUGGUAGAUCCCGAGUUUAUCCUCUGGGAUUGGGAUCGUAACAGAAAAGAAACCCCGUGGCUCUCACUGUGGCCUGGGAAGAGAUAAUUUUGUUGUGAAUUAAAAAAAAAAAGAUUGGAAAAUAGGACUGGAUAGGUGCUGUCUGAAUUGAACAACUACAAGACCCGGUUUCAUCCAAUAUUUGUAUAUUCUUUACGAUGAGAAUGGCUUCUUACGUGGACAACAGUUUCCGACAGGCGGUGAUGAAAAACCCGGCCGAAAGGACGCAACAGGAUUUGGAAAUAGUGUAUUCGUACCUACAUGGAAUGGAAGCCUUGUCUAACCUUCGAGAACAUCAGCUAAGGUUAAUGUGUGAAACCGUAAGAUAUGAAAGACAUGAAGCAAAUGAAGUGCUAUACUACCCUGAUGACAUUGGUACCUGUUGGUAUAUCCUGCUGUCUGGUUCAGUAUUCAUCAAAGAAUCCAUGUUUUUGCCAAGAAGCAGUUUUGGCAAGCGCUCUGCAGGAAGCCUUAGACGUGGCUGUGAAUGCAUUGUGUUGGAGCCUUCUGAAAUGAUUGUGGUGGACUAUAUGGAUGAAAAUGAGGAGUAUUUUCAGCGGCAAGCAUCUCACAGGCAAUCUCGAAGGAGAUUUCGGAAAAUUAACCAGAAAGGAGAGAGACAAACAAUUAUUGACACAGUGGAUCCGUACCCUGUUGGGAAGCCUCCAUUACCUAGAGGAUACCACACGGAAUGCACUAAACCUCAGCUUCCUGCCGAUUUCACCAAGCUCCACCUCACUGACAGCCUCCAUCCGCAGGUGACCCACGUGUCCUCCAGUCAUUCAGGAUGUAGCAUUACAAGUGACUCUGGGAGUAGCAGUCUGUCAGAUAUUUACCAGGCCACAGAGAGUGAGGCCGGGGAGAUGGAUCUGAGUGGGCUGCCUGAGACAGCAGUGGACUCGGAGGAGGAUGACGAUGAGGAGGAUAUUGAACGUGCUUCAGACCCUCUGAUGAGUCGGGAUAUUGUCCGUGACUGCCUUGAGAAGGACCCCAUGGAUAGGACAGACGAUGACAUUGAACAAUUACUAGAAUUCAUGCAUCAGCUGCCUGCAUUUGCCAAUAUGACAAUGUCCGUGCGGAGAGAGCUGUGUGCGGUGAUGGUGUUUGCGGUGGUAGAGCGAGCCGGAACAAUAGUGCUCAAUGACGGGGAAGAGCUGGACUCCUGGUCAGUGAUUUUGAACGGGUCUGUGGAAGUGACGUACCACGAUGGGCGUACUGAAAUCCUGUGUAUGGGGAACAGCUUUGGGGUUUCCCCUACAAUGGAGAAAGAGUACAUGAAGGGAGUAAUGAGAACCAAAGUGGAUGAUUGCCAGUUUGUUUGCAUAGCCCAGCAGGAAUACUGCUGCAUCCUCAAUCAGGUAGAGAAGAACAUGCAGAAGGUAGAAGAGGAGGGAGAGAUUGUGAUGGUGAAGGAGCACAGGGAGCUUGAUCGCACUGGGACCAGGAAAGGACACAUUGUCAUCAAGGGGACAACAGAAAGGCUGACGAUGCAUCUGGUUGAGGAGCACUCUGUGGUAGAUCCCACGUUCAUCGAAGACUUUCUCCUGACAUACAGGACCUUCCUUUCCAGCCCAAUGAUAGUAGGCAAGAAACUGCUGGAGUGGUUUAAUGACCCAUGCCUCAGGGACAAGGUUACACGGGUAGUGUUGCUGUGGGUAAACAAUCACUUCAAUGACUUUGAAGGAGAUCCAGCCAUGACUCACUUUCUUGAAGAAUUUGAAAACAAUUUAGAAAGAGAGAAAAUGUGUGGGCAUCUAAGACUGUUAAAUAUUGCCUGUGCUGCUAAAGCCAAACGAAGACUAGUAACACUAACAAAACCUUCCAGGGAGGCCCUUUUGCCCUUCACCCUUUUGGGAGGGUCAGAGAAAGGGUUUGGAAUCUUCAUAGAUAGUGUAGAAACUGAGAGCAAAGCUGCUGAAGCUGGACUAAAACGUGGUGACCAGAUAUUGGAGGUUAAUGGACAAAACUUUGAGAAUGUUCAGAUUUCCAAAGCCACUGAAAUUUUGAAGAACAACACUCACCUGUCUAUCACAGUGAAAACAAACUUAUUUGUAUUUAAAGAACUUUUAGCAAGGCCAGCUGAGGAAAAGAAGAAUGGUGCUCCCCAUCUACCCAAGAUCGGUGAUAUUAAGAAAGCAAGUCGCUACUCAAUCCCAGACCUGGCUGUGGACGUUGAGCAGGUGAUCGGCUUUGACAAAGCCAAUAAGAAGGCUAAGGCCAACACUGUAGGAGGAAGGAACAAGCUAAAGAAAAUACUUGACAAGACUCGCAUCAGCAUUCUACCCCAGAAACCAUACAGUGACAUUGGCCUUGGCCACUCUCAGGAUGACAGCAUCGUGGGGCUGAGGCAGUCAAAGCAUAUCCCCCCUGCAUUGCCUGUGAGCGGGACCUUAUCUUCUAGCAACCCUGAUCUGUUACAGUCUCACCAGCGCAUUCUGGAUUUCAGCAAUCCUCCAGAUUUACCAGACCAGGUCUUGCGGGUUUUCAAGGCAGACCAGCAGAGCCGCUAUAUCAUGAUCAGCAAAGACACAACUGCCAAGGAAGUCGUGGUCCAGGCUAUCCGGGAGUUUGCAUUGACCGCAGCCUCUGAGGCCUACUCUCUGUGUGAAGUCUCGGUCACCCCAGAAGGUGUCAUCAAGCAAAGGCGGCUUCCCGAUCAGCUCUCUAAACUGGCAGACAGAAUACAGCUCAGUGGAAGGUAUUACCUGAAGAACAACAUGGAAACAGAGACGCUGUGCUCAGACGAGGAUGCCCAGGACCUGCUGCGGGAGAGCCACAUUUCGGUGCUGCAGCUAAGCACAGUGGAAGUGGCCACACAGCUCUCCAUGAGGAACUUUGAGCUGUUCCGCAACAUUGAGCCCACCGAGUACAUUGAUGACCUCUUCAAGCUCAAGUCCAAGACAGGCUCUGCCAACCUGAAGAACUUCGAGGAGGUCAUCAACCAGGAAACGUUCUGGGUGGCCACAGAGAUCGUGAGAGAGCAAAACCAACUGAAGAGGAUGAAGAUCAUUAAACACUUCAUCAAGAUCGCCCUGCAUUGCAGAGAGUGCAAGAACUUCAACUCCAUGUUUGCAAUCAUCAGUGGAUUAAACUUGGCCCCAGUAUCAAGGUUGCGUGGUACCUGGGAAAAGCUUCCUAGCAAAUAUGAGAAGCUGUUUCAAGACCUGCAGGAUCUCUUUGACCCCUCCAGAAACAUGGCAAAAUAUCGCAAUGUCCUCAACAGCCAGAAUCUGCAGCCUCCCAUUAUUCCUCUCUUUCCUGUAAUAAAGAAGGAUCUCACAUUUCUGCAUGAAGGCAAUGACUCCAAAGUGGAUGGUUUGGUGAAUUUUGAGAAGCUAAGAAUGAUAGCAAAAGAGAUACGUCAUGUUGGCCGGAUGGCUUCUGUUAACAUGGAUCCUGCCCUGAUGUUCAGGACGAGGAAGAAGAAAUGGAGGAGUCUUGGAUCUCUCAGCCAGGGAACCACCAACUCUGCAGUGUUGGAUGUUGUCCAGACCGGAGGACAUAAGAAGCGCGUGCGUCGAAGCUCUUUCCUCAAUGCCAAGAAGCUGUACGAGGAUGCCCAGAUGGCCCGCAAGGUCAAGCAAUACCUGUCAAACCUGACCCUGGAUACCAAUGAAGAAAACCUUCAGACCAUCUCCUUGCAGUGUGAGCCUUCCACCAAUACAUUGCCUAAGAGUGGAGACAAAAAGGGCGGGAAGCCAGACACAUCUCCUGUUGUUCCUAGAGCGGCAAGUCAGCAGAAACAGCAGCAGCAGCAGAAGGGAAAUCAGGCACUUCAGGUCCCUGCUGUUUCACUCUAUCCCUCUCGCAAGAAAGUACCGGUCAAGGAUCUACCACCAUUUGGUACCAGUUCACCUCAAGCCUUGAAGAAAAUCCUGGCCUUGUCAGAAGAAGCAGGUGACCGACAUAAAAAGCAACCAGAGGACACCAUAUCAAAUGCUGCUUCACACCUGCCUUCCCCUCCCACAUCCCCUCAAAGCUCACCUAGGAAGGGUUAUACGUUGGCUCCAAGUGGAACUGUGGACAAUUUUUCAGAUUCAGGUCACAGUGAAAUUUCAUCCCGUUCCAGUAUUGUUAGUAACUCCUCCUUUGACUUAAUGCCGGGUCUCAUGCAUGACGAUAAGAGACAGAGGCACUCUGUCAGUGUUGUGGAUUCCAGCCUGGGUGUGGGAAGGAUGGAAAGAAGAGCCACGAUAGAUCCUGAUCAAUACAGCCUUGGUUCAUACGCGUUGAUGCGAGAGGGACGGAAUCUGUAUCCUGGGGCUACAGUCCUCUCUUCCCCGAGUUCAGAAGAACUUACCCAGGACCAGGGGGACCGAGCCUCGCUUGAUGCAGCAGACAGCGGUCGAGGAAGCUGGACUUCAUGUUCAAGUGGAUCACAUGACAAUAUACAAACCAUACAACACCAGAGGAGCUGGGAAACGCUGACUUUUGCGCAUCCUCAUUUUGACAACUCGGCAGAAGGGGCUGGACUUUGGGCUUCAGGCUGUCAAAUAGACCAGAUGAUGUACUCAGACUCCAGCUCUAAGCUGAGCCGAAACAGCCAGGAUCACGGACAAGGCAGAGGGAGCUGGGCAUCCUCCACCGGCUACUGGGGGGAAGACUCUGAGGGGGACACCGGAACAAUAAAGAGGAGGGGUGGGAAAGAUGUUAACGCUGAUGCUGAAACAAGCAGUAUCAUGUCUAAUACUUCUGAAGACACAAAACAACAUAGUAGACCUUCUCAUAUAACUGCACCAUCUGGCACUGCAAAAAGUCUUAUUGCACGAAAGGAAGGCAGGUAUCGUGAACCUCCACCGACUCCACCAGGCUAUACUGCCUUGACAGUUUCAGACUUUCCAGAGGGCCAGGCACACCCAGGAAGGAAGCCCCCCGAUUACAACGUAGCACUACAGCGGUCACGGAUGGUGACACGCUCCUGCGACCCCCAACAGACACACAGUCACCCAGGAACCAGGCCAGUGAGCCGACCGCAAUGGCACAAACCAAACGAAGUAGACCCACGACUAUCUCGCUUCCAGUCCCAAGGGUUCUCGGCUGAGGAGGAGGAUGAAGAUGAACAGGUGUCUGCAGUCUGACAAGCCCCCUCCUGGAUAUUGUUUCCAGUGAUGCCAUCCAGUAGGAGAGCACAACAGGCACUGGAGCCCCGGACCUCCUUUAUUAGUUUGGUGGAUGUCACUCGCCUCCUUUCCUGCCUUAAAGCAGCAUGGGGCAUUGUGUACCCCGCAUGUAAAAUACUGUGAAGAAAAACGCCUUGGCACUUUGGAAACUGUGUCGCUUGAAAAUGCACAGCGCAGCGCAGAAAACAAGCUACCCCUAUCACUGUCCGCAACAAGGACCAUUCCAAGAUCCUCCUCCCUGUUUACAGUUCAUCCAGAUUUGUCACGCUUUGGCUGCACUUUUUUCAAACAUUAAUGCCUAUAAUGGUUUUACAGCUUCCUCUUAGAUUUUUGACUAGAAUUGUGGCACCCUAAAUCAAGACAAGCUAAGGUCACACUAUUGGCACAACUCUGCAAACAAGGACACAGUGAUUAUCAUUCUGAUUUUACCUAGUUUUUAUGUUGCAGUUUUAUAUGUUGUACUUAGAGAACAAAUGUGUUUGUCUCCAUAAUAACAGUAUUAUUUUAGACAUUUUAAGAUUUUUUUUUUUUUUUUUAAACAUAAAUAAUAAACUGGAUGACAUUGCAAUGAAAGGCAGCUUCUGAUCUUGCAUCAAAGCUAGCUAAAAUGUACAUUUUUAAUUUCUGUGUACCAUGUCAGAUUAAGGAGCAAACAAGUCUUUUCUUAGGACAGAUUCAUUACUGUGUAACAGUCUUUGCAAUGCAGAACCUGCAGAAUUAAACUAAACGGAUAGUUGCUACAGUAGACUAAGCUGCAUGUCUAAUAAAGGCUGGCAUAAAACAACCUGCUCUCUGCUGCUAUUUAACCCCUGUUUUUUUAAUGACUGAAGUACAACAGCAUUUGUAUUGUGUUGUCGUUGCACAGACUCCGGUAAAACUGAAGGCUACCAAUUUAGGUAGUACUCAAAUGUGAGGAACUGCUAGUCUUGUUGUUUUGUUAUUAUGAUUAUUAUUGUUGUUAUUGUUAUUAUUCAUUAAUCUCGGCUGAUCAUAUUGAUCAGUAGGUGAAGUUAUAGAUUAAACUAAAAAAGAGAUUGCAGUGUUUUUUCACUGUAUUGUAUAACAUCAGUGCUUUAUUUAAUAUUUUGCUCCCCUAAGAUCAUGUAUUUUUUUUUUUUCACUUUGCUGAUAUAUCAAAUUGUUAAUUAUGCAUUUGUAAUUUAACAGUAAUAUGCAUUAAUCAGUUUCAUUAUAUGGUCGAUGGAGACUGUGUGCAUAUAGGCAGACAGAAUUCUAGUUCUAAUACAAGUUGCACAAAAAUGUAUAAGCAUUAGGUAAUUGUAGUACAUAGAACUGCUAAUCUCAGUUCGUUCUGUGAUGUCAAGUGCAAAAUGUACAUUUAACUGGUGAUUUCCUCAUACUUUUGAUACUACUUGUACCUGUAUGUCUUUUAGAAAGACAAUUGGUGGAGUCUGUAUCCCUUUUUUUUGUAUUUUUAAUACAAUAAUUGUAAAUAUUGGUUAUAUUUUUGUUGAAAAUGGUAGAAAUGUACUAUGUUUAUGCCUCAACAUCCAGUUUAUAUAAA